AGAUAACUGGCUGUACUACCGCACGGUGUGUUUCCCGAGGGCUGGCUGGCCCACAACCGUUACUGCUACAAAGCCCUGGUAGAGGCUGAGGCAGGGACCUGGGAGGACUCCUCCACUGCCUGUAACUCCGUAGGGGCCAACCUCACCAGCCUACACUCUCUAUCUGAGGUAGAGCUGCUGCUGGGCCUGCUGGRUAACGUCUCAGGGUCUGGCUCAGAGGUGUGGAUCGGCCUGAUAAAGAAGCUAUCGUCUUCAGCUGUAGAGUGGUCAGACGGCUCCCCAGUCGACCUCACUCUCUGGCACAUGCACCAUCCUACCCAUAGCAACAGUCAGCUCUUGUGCCAAGACUGAUGUAAAGGAGGGGAACUGGCUUUGGCACCAUGCGAUGAGAAGCUCCCUGCAGUGUGAUUGGAAGCGGYAGGGCCACUCUUGCUACAUGGUGACGAGCCAUGAGCAGAGCUAUGAAGACGCUGUCAAGGGUUACCACUGCAAGGCUCCUCUGGUCACAGUGGAAAACAGGUUUGAGCAGGCCUUUCUGAACAGCCUGGUGAGUGAGAUGGGAGCCAACGGUAGUGUAUAUUACUGGACGGCCCUARAGGACCAGGGGAACCAUGGAGAGUACAGCUGGCUGGGGGGACAUAACGGAUCCACCCUACCCCUGCUCUAUACAAACUGGAACAGGCAUCAGCCAGUCAGUACAGGUGGCUGUGUGGCUAUGACAGGCGGCCAGGCCUUGGGUCACUGGGAAGUGAAGGACUGCAAAUCCCAGAAGGCCUUGUCAGUGUGUAAACAGAGCGUCAGUGGUUACCAGGAGGUCCUGUUCCCUACAGUCCAUAUUGACGCUUACGCCCCCUGUCCUCCAGGCUGGGAAUCACACUCCGGCCUGCUCCACUGUUACAAGGCGUUCCACAGCGAGAAGGUCCUGAUGAAGCGGUCGUGGGAAGACGCUGACUUCUUCUGCCAGGCUCUAGGAGCUCAGCUGGCCAGCUUCCACCACUAAACAGAGGGUCGUUGGUUCUGGGUGGGCUUGAAUAAGAGAGACCCCCAGUCAGCAGGAUCUUGGGAGUGGUCUGACGGGACCCCCGUGGUGUCCUCCUUCGUAGAGGAUAAGAACGAGGAGGAUGACAGACAUAGCUGUGGCGUGUACAGCGACCUGACCAACGCCCUCCUGCCACAGCCCUGCGACACCAAGCACGAGUGGAUCUGCAAGGUUCCCAGAGGUACGGAGCUGAACAAACCCUACUGGUAUAACGACCAGAACGAGCCCUGGGUGUUCUACAGAGGAGCAGAGUAUUUGCUGGUCAGGCAGCCUCUUCCCUGGCAGGGUGUUAACCUGGCCUGUAUGAUGAUGGGCGCCCACUUGCUGUCUGUCCACUCUAAAGAGGAGCUCCGAUUCAUCAGAGAGCGCAUGGGGAAGCUCUCUCUGGGGUCCACUGACUGGUGGAUAGGGCUGUCCACGGACCUCGUGAGGGAAGAGUUCAGUUGGAGUGAUGAGUCCGCUGUGGAUUAUCAGAAUUGGGCAGAAGGAAGCUCCCAUGAUGCCCCAGUGAAACAUAAACAGUGCGUGACCAUGUCCUCUAUCUCAGGUCAGUGGUCGGCGGGUGAGUGUGGCGAUCUCCAUGCUCACGUAUGUAAGCGCCGGACUGUGUCCGUGGUGGAGAUUCCCAGAGAGCCUCACUACAUCGGAGGCUGUCCAGAGAGAUGGCUCUACUUCGGACACAAGGAUGAGUGGCUGAGCGGGCCCCUGGGCGGGGACGAUCCUCUGUGCACGGUGGUCUCCAACAACCACAACUUCCACCUGACAGGGAAGUGGUUCGACGAGACGUGCACAGAAAGUGGAUAUGGCUUUGUCUGUCAGAGACCCCAAGACGCAGCUAAACCCCCAUCCCACUCCUACCUCCACCCUUUCCCUGACAAUAUUGAGUACAAGAACCGCAGAUACAGGGUUGCCCGUGGCAACAUGAGCUGGUACGAGGCGCUGCAUAUGUGCUUAGAGUCUGAGUCUGAGCUAGUGAGCGUUACCGACCCUUUCCACCAGGCGUUCCUUACUGUCCUUGUCAAUAGAUUGGCAUUCCCCCACUGGAUCGGACUGUAUAGUCAAGAAGAUGGGAUAAACUACCAGUGGUCUGAUGGCAGUGACACGGUCUUCACUCACUGGGAUGCGACCGAUGAUGAUGAUUUCAUCCUGGGGGACUGUGUGUACAUGGACGUCACCGGGGGCUGGAGGAGGGCCGACUGUGAGAUGCCYCUCCAGGGAGCCCUGUGUCAUGUCCCACCACCUAAGAGUAAUGCGUUCACCAGCUACGAGGUUGUGUGUCCAUCGACGUGGGUGAGGUUUGGCGCCAGCUGCUACAGCUUUGAGCCCGUGGUCCAGAGACUGACCCUGGAGGAGGCCGGAGAGCACUGCAAACACAAAGCAGUCUUUCUGGAUUGGCGUACAAUAUAAACCAACAGCUGGCAAAAGACAGACAAUCGGGCUCCAUGGCAUGGCUCGAUGGUUCUCCUAUGGACUACUCCAACUGGAACGUCAAGGCCCCAGACCCRAGCCUGCUGACAGCAGACACCU